UGUGACUGUUGUGUUCCGGUCAGCUGAUUUACGGAAGCAGCAGCAGUUAGCAUCCUCCGUGAUGAGGACCCGGUGCCACCGACCGGACCGAACCUGACAUGACACAGACGACAUCGUAAAACCAAUCCAAACCUUGAACAUCUGGAAUUACACCUGAGACUGCGUUAUUGAACUCUCCUGUAUCGAGGACCGGAUCCUGACAGAAACAGCAGGUAGCUAGCUACGUUAGCAGCAUUAGCUUAGCCGAGAGGCUAAAUAUGUCACUGAACCAGCAGGCCUAUUUGAGCUGGAUUAGCAUGUAGCAUGGUUUUCUGAGGGAUAUUUUUCUUCAUUACAUUUAUUUUACUGCUGGAAUGUAAGUAAAUGAAAGCUGGCUCUGUGACUAACUGUUACUUGACCCUAUUGAAGUAAAUCCAGCUAAUGGUCUUGACGGGAUCUAACAGCAGUGAGCUCCUGAUAACAGAUAUUCAGACUCUCAGUCAAACCGUCAAAGCCUUUAAAUAUGCGUUAAUAAAGAGUACGGAAGAUCGGGGGCGGCUAUUACACUCAGCAUUUCACUCAGCAAUCCACAGACUGCUUAAACUAAAACAUCCCAACUGUACAUUUAUUGAACCCAAUACCUGUCUGCUAAUAUCCCAUGUCAAAUUAAGGUAAAUAUGUGUGAUAUGGAGGCCUUAAACAGAUAUAAACCUUUAUAUUUUAUUUUGGUUGUUUACAUUUCCCAAAAAUGAGAAAUGUCCAUUUGUUUUCUCAAGAUCUUAAAUCGUGUGUCUCAUUAUUCCGAGACAACAAAGCUAGUUUAUAUAGUGGCAACCAAGGUGUGAAUGUUAAAAGAAUAUAAGCCAUGUGUGAAUCUGUACUAAUGAAUUAUAAAUCCCUGCCAGCUGGUCAGUACACUUUUUCUUUGUUUAGAGAGGGAGGUUUGGACCAUUUCCAUAGCAACCACAUUAGAGAUAGGCCAAUUGAUUGGUUGGCUUAUAAAUAGUGUUUCAACACUAUGUUGUCUUCCUCAAGGUUGAUAUCCCAUCUUAAACAGUCACUGACUUUUGUUUAAUAUACAUUUUGUUAUGGUUUAAAAAGUAAUAAGGUUGAGCCUACCAGCUGUUUCAUUUUUGGUAUAGGCAGACAGCAACAGCUGUUGAAAAACUAGACUACUAGUGCUGUAGGGCUUUUUGCAUUGGACUUUUCUCAGCCUUCACUGUCUGCUUACACCCCAUGUCAAAUUAAGGUUAAUAUGUGUGAUAUGGAGGCCUUAAACAGAUAUAAACCUUUAAAGUUUAUUUUGAUUAUUAAUGUCUCUUAAAAGUGAGCAAUGUCCAUUUGUUUUCUCAAGAUCUUAAAUAAUUUGUCUCAUUUUGUGUGACAACAAAGCUAGUUUAUAUAGCAGCAGUUAAGGUGUGAACGUUAAAAGAAUAUAAGCCAUGCGUGAAUCUGUACUAAUGAAUUAUAAAUCCCUGUCAGCUGGUUAGUACACUUUUUCUUUUUUUAGAGAGGGAGGUUUGGACUAUUUUCAUAGCAACCACAUUAGAGAUAGGCCAAUUGAUUGAUUGGCUAAUAAAUUGUGUUUUGACUCUAUGUAGGCUCCCUCAAGGUUGAUAUCACAUCUUAAACAGUUACUGACUGUUAUUUAAUAUACAUUUUGUUAUGGUUUAAAGAGUAAUAAGGUUGAGUAUUGCUUCCCAGAGACAUUUCACCUAUGAUCUAAAAUCCAUAGUCGAAACCCAAUUUAUAUUUUUUCAUCUAUCAAUCAACAAUCCAUUAAAGAAUUGUCACUGGUUAAGAUAGCCACGUGUUUUAAAUUUAAAUUUACAUAUAAUCAUAGAUUUAUACUUGACUUUCUUCUGUUCUCUUCCAUAUUUAUUUAGCUUGAUUUUUUUCUUAUAAAUCAUUUCAGAUAACUGGACAAAAAUCCAAAAGUCGCUUGUGGCAAUAUUUUAGUGAGCCAAGUUUUUUUUUUCCACCUGCAUAUUAAGGUAAAUUAUCACUGAAGCUCAGAAAUUUAGUUUUUCAUUUCUUAGUAUUUCCUAAACAAAAAAAACAAAAAUAAUAAUAUAACAAUAUACAUCAGCCUACCUGCUCUUUCAUAACUGAUGUCGUCAGACGGCAACAGCUGUUAAAAAACUGAUAUUGGUCAACUAGACUACUAGUGCUGUAGGGUUUUUUGCAUUGGACUUUUCUCAGCCUUCACUGGUUCAGAUAAAUAUGAUGUACAAGACAGAUAAGCUGCAAUGGAAAUGGUUGGCUCCUUAAAGAAAGAAACUGAAUUGAAUAGGAUUUAAAUAAUAUCAAAAUGUCAUGAUACGUUAUGUUUUAAUAAUGAGUGCAGGGUACUGUAUCUUGCAAUGUUUGAAACAAAGAGACACACAAAGACUUGGGAUUUAUGGACAUUUGAUAAAUGUACCACUUGGUCCUAGAGACUAAAUCAAGUCCUCAAAGCAUGAAUGCUACCAUUUAGACAGUGAUACAAAUAUAUUCCUUAAAUACCAUCUGGCAGGGUCUAACUAUUGUUCUUCUGUUGAUCAUUACAUUUUUUCCCCUAUUUUGUCCCCUAAGACUAGUAACAUAUGAGCUGUAAAUGUUAAAACAAGGAAAUACACCUUUGCUUUCUGCAGAAUCUUUCUUUCUGUCUGUGUAAGAAAAACCCCUGCUUAGAUUUUUGUUUUGGUAUUUCUUUCAGUUUGCAUUCCAUAAAUUGAUUAUCUUAGUCAAAAAAAAAAAGGAACAGGGUUGGGCAUUAUGAUGAAAAAAAAGCUGUUCUGUGGAAUGAUGAGUCCAUAUGAUUCUUAUUCAUACUCACAGAUUUGCACAUGAGCAUAUUUUUUCUAUACGUGUGUGUGUUUUAACUAGAUGUCUAACAUAUUCAUAGGAGACAGGAUUACCCACUGAAGCUGAGGCUUUUGACUCCUCUGACUAGCUACACACACAGCGAGAGCUGCCUUUUAUGACACCCAACAUGGGCUUUGACUGUUAAAGUAUACUAACAGUGAUCAGAAGGAUUGUGUCACACCACCACAUACAGAAGAAAAUGAGACAUCACUUUCUUAAUUCCACUACACUCAAAAUACCUUUUUUUUUUUUUUGCAUCUGAAAGCUUUUUUCUUUCUCCUCCUCUCUCUUGCUUCUCUUGUCAGUCCAGGAGAAACACAUCCACUCCUCCUCAUAUGGUGUUCGUUGUUAAUUCAUGGACAGAGGUUUAUGCUGAUUAGUGACUAUUGGGAGUGUGUGGUCAUUCUACAAUCAAUUGGCAUUCAUGAACUUUCGUCACUGCAGUCAAAAUGGGGUUUUCUGCAGCAUUAAUGAAUCAGGAGUAGACUAUUCGUACCAGUGAUGUUUAAGGUCCUUACACACCGGGGCCGACACGAAUAUAGAACACGAAAUCACAAAAUAUUCAGAGGUGAAUUUUGUCGCGCCUGACUAUACACAUCAACCCGAUGCGAUUUUGCGACUUUCCAAGGAGAAAAAGAUGCAUCCCGGGAAAGACUUUUCCGGGGGAAAGUCCCACCUCCUUUGCUUCUGAUUGGCUAGUAAAGCUGGAAAUGUCAUCACACGCUCAAGCCAAACGGUCAGCACUUACAGCCAAUCAGAGGCGAAGGAGGGUGGGACCUUCCCUUAACAACCUACAGCGUCCCGGGUGGAAGCGAGAAGACAAAAAUGGAGUCUACUUCAACUUCAAGUGAUGGCGAAUUGGUACUCCUUUUGUUUUUUCAAAAGAAAAAGAAACGUAGCACAUGGGUGCAUUCAAUAUUACAAAAAAGAAGAAAAUUUGGUGAGUUUCACUGCUUGGUUCAGGAGCUGAAACUGGACCACGGUCGCUUCAGAAUUUAUCUUCGUGUGUCCGUUGGAAAUUUUGGAGUUCUGCUAAAACAGUUAGCUCCAAGUUUGAAGAGGCAGAAGACUAGACACUAGACACCAGUGUUGAGAUGGCUUUCUGUCAUGAUAGCAUGUACUAAGUCGGGGCCAGUACCAGAUAAGCACAUGAAACUAUGGUAACAACCGUUGGCAUAGGUUAGCACAGAUGAAAGUUAAAACAAAGACGUUUAGCAAACUGUUAAAGCACACAAACCAUCGGCACAUGAGAGAUCCGACGCUAUGACUCUCCACAAGUUGUCCUUCAGGUCAUUAUCUUUGUAAUGUGUGUGCAAACGAUCAUAACCAAUCAGCCAGUUGUGGUCGGCCAUGUUGGAUAUACCAGUAAGUCUGACGUGGCAACAGCGCGAAAUCUGAUUGGUCAGAAAUGGACACACAGUAUGCGAAACUUUGGAAAAAUUGACCAUGAUCCUAAAAAAUAAAUGCCGCAAUAUCACAGAACAGGAAAACUAAGCUGAUAUGAACGCUUGACAGGAUUGACAGGAUACGGGUUCGAAAAAAAAUAUUGACGUCCGAAAUAAUCGCUCAACAAAAACGGUCCUGGUGUUAAAGGACCUCUAUGCGCAAAUCUAUACACAUGUUUAAGUAAAGACAAUGGCAAACCACACUCUGCAGGGAUUACAACAUCAUGGCUCUGUAGUAGAAGAGUCCUACUGCUAAACGGGUCUUCCUGCAGUCCUGACCCAUUAAAAAAAUUUGGAGCAUCAUGACACACAAAAAAAAAAUAGGACAAAGGAGACCCUGAACUGUUGAGCAGCUGAAUCCUCUAUCAGGCAAUAAUGGGAGUACAUUUCAGUUUCCAAACUCCAGAACCUGGUCUCCUGGGUUCACUAACGUUUACAGAGUGUUGGUGAAAGAGGAGCUGAUGACAGAAUGAGAAACAAGACCCUUGUGAAGUUUUAAAAUGAGCUCAUAUUUUGCAGAAAAUAAACCCUUUAAGUCUCAUUUAUUUUCUUGUGUCUGCACUAUUUUACAUGAAAAUUGGCUCCAAAUUCACUCCGCCCUGUAGUCCUGUCUCCUUGCAUCUUUUGAUCAAACCUGAAACCACUUAACAUUUUUUAUGGAUUACACCUUUAAAUAUCCUGGCUUUAAAUAGACUAGUGUUUCUAAAUUCUUCCUCUUUGGCUUCUUUUCUUCCUCCCUCCAUCCCCUGCUUCUCUCUGCCUCUGUUUACUGGAAACUUCUUCUCCUCCGCCGGCCAUCUGAAGGUCUUUUUCCAUCCUCAGAGCCAGAAACGGACGCUGCUGACAAAUCCACAGUGUCAGGCUGAACUGGAUUCAAUGGUACAAGUUGUUUCGUUGGGUUGAAGGAGCUGCUGUGUGCGUGUGUGUGUGUGUGUGUGAGUGAGUGCGUGCAUGUGUAGUUGAGUGUCACGGAGGAACUUUAUUGUGUUUUUGUGGCACUGUUUGGAACGAGCCACAUCCGAGUACAGACUCAAGGGGGCAAAUCUGGAAGAACAGAGUGUUUUUAAAACAGAUGAUGACAUUUCCUUUCAUAGCCCCUGAGAGUCAACACCAGAAAUAAAGAGUUCUUCCUACUUUGUUUACUACAGAAGAGAGUGUUUUAGAGACGUAAUGGGAGAAACACACACUGAGCCUGUUCCUGAGCUGAAUAUAAGGUAUCAAAGAGAACGAGCGGAAUCAGCUGUGUGACUAAAUACAGAGUCAGGCUACACAGAAGGACAUUUGGGAGUACAGACACUCUGUUCAGACACUUCAUACUCUGUUUCUCCUGUCUGUGGUUGAACCUGCAGCUUAAAUCACUCACUUCCACCCACUAAUGUUUAAGUGUAGCAAGCUGCUGUGUGUGUGAAUGAGCCAUAGAUCUGUUGAUGUGAAAUGCCGCAGAGCCUCUCUGAUGUUCCUUUUCUCCUCCUGUCCUACAGAGGGAGCCGGAUCAGGAGGAGCAGCCUGAAGACAACAUGCCCCCCAAGUUUAAACGACACCUCAACGAUGAUGAGGUCACAGGAUCGAUCCGCAGUGAGAGGGUGAGAUGAGGAGGAAGUUUGGGAAAACAGUCAGUGUAUUUCAUCUACAGCGGAAACUGAAGAGUAGUUUGAUUGUUGACUGAUCAUUGAUAAUUGAAACAGUUAAUUAACCAAUCAGUUAAUAAUGAGCACAGUUACUUUUUUAUUUUGAACGAUUUAUUUAUUAACGUUUUUUUCAUAAACAGUAUACAACUUAAAUAUCAACAAUAGAACUACAAAUCCCCCCCCCCCAGCUGUCAAUCAUGGUGUUAUAGCCCCUUUUUAUAACAUUAAAUAAGUGAGUCAAACUGAACUGGUCAGAAAAAUGAAUACUUGAACAUAAAUCAGCAUGAGAAGAACAAAUGUUAAUGACAGAAACCACAUUUGAGAAACAUUCAAUUGACCUGGAUGUGGACUUUCUAGUUUGACCCAUGUCCCAUCGGUUAACAUGGAGGAGGCGGGCUUUGUUAUAUUUGCUGUAGCCAGCCUGCAGGAGGAGUAAAUGUGCUUCAGUUAUUCUUGAUUUAUUUUGCGAUGCUGAUGUUCAGGGUUAUGCUUAGGGAUGGGAAUUGUUAAGAUUUUAUCGAUAUCGAUGCCAUUAUCGAUUCUGCUUAUCGAUUAAAUUCUUUAACGAUUCCCUUAUCAAUGCCUUUCUUUGAUUUAAAAAAAAAGUAGACUAAAGGUUUUCGCCGUUAACUCUAAAUUUUAUUGAGUCUCUGAUAACAGUAGUCUAAAAAUAAUCAAAUGAUAAACUAAUUGUACAGUGUUUACUUUAAUCGGUAUCAAGUCAAAUUAGGGUGACAAUAUUCUGGAUCCCCAAAACGAGGACAUUACUAAGCGGGAGGCCGAGUCGUGUGCAAAAUUUUGAGGGUUUUUUGGGUCGGGUUGAGUGUUUUUGAUGCUCUUCUAACUCAGUUAGUCCAAGUCUGGCAUGCAUUGCGCUUACGUUAACACAGUACAUACGUACCUUCCAUGCCGUUGCUGAGAUGGAGCAGCAGCGGCUGACGACCGGAAGAAAAGAAUCAUUAAGGGAAUCGUUAAGAUAAGAUGUAAAGGAUGUCGAUGGAUUGAACCAUUUGGAACCGGUUCUCAACAAGACCCAGUUCUCGAUUCCCAUCCCUAGUUAUACUGCAGAUGAUUCAAGAUAGGCUAACCCCUGUUCCUUCUUUUAAGUCUGUUUUUGUGCAAACUUUAUGAAACCCUAACGCCGUUAAGAGCCGAUGCAAAAAGAUUUGGAUGUGAUCAUCAUGAGGAGUUUGUUCAUCCUGGUAGAGUCUGCGGGUGGUAAUUAUAGAUAGAGGCAUCAGUGGAAAGGUUAGAGGAUCUAAACUGGAACGAAUGACUCCGGAUGACAAAAAAACUCAUGGAAAAGGAUGAGCACACAGAGAGUGGACCACAGAGUGUUGUGAUAUUUAAGGAGAGUGAAGUGAGUAAACUUCAGAUGCUCCUGCUGCCAAAUGUCUGUUUCUCAUCAGUCUUCAUCCCCUUCCUGCGCUACUCCCUCAUCCUCCCUCUCUUUCUGUCCUUCCCCCCCUCUUCUCUUCUCUCAGUGUAAUCCUGUUUGUUGUUGUGUUGUUGAGGUAGGAUCAAAGCUGAGAUUACAGGGAGACAAAAAGCUUGUUCCACCUUCAUGCUCUCUUUUUACUGCCUCACCCCCGGCCCUCUGGUAAUAACUACCAGCUCUUCCUCACCGCUCACAUACUACAGCGUGGAAACAAAGAGAGAUCAUCAGAACGUCUCUGUUUCUUUAUGAUCAUAUGGUCACCAUCCCCUCAGCUUCUCUGCACAUGACAGCUUAUUUACAAGAAUAUUGAAUGUCUCUUUUGAUAGCCAGCUGUCAGUGUCUUUUUUCUGUUUGCUCUUUGCAGUGACGGCAAUAAAAAAAUCGCAGAAAUGAAGACUAACUACCUGAGAGUUUAAUAUAAUACCGCCUCUAUCAACCAUUUGAAUGCAUGCUUUGACUCCUGCUGGUCAUUCCCAAAUAAACUAAAAAGACUCCUCUCUUCCAACAGAAGUGUAUAAAUUCCUCCUGUCUCCUCUUGGUCCAGCUCUCCUGACAGGAUUUAGCACAGCUGUCGUCUCUGAUUCUCUCUGAAUGGCGUUUUAUGCUCUGCUCUGAUUGAAGACAGCAGCGGUUCAGGUGUGGUUCUGAUCAGGAUGGGGAGAAACCUCUCUGUUCUUUCACUUGAGGGUGUUCAGGUUCACUUUGACUCUGUAGAAAACAAACAGUCCUCUGAAGAGUCCAAACUGCAGAGCAGUAUCUGUCUUUGUCAUCCAGUCAUCAUGCUGUAAAACGUCUGUCGUACCUUUGUUUCGAUCCAUACCUGCCUUUCCAAAAGAAGAUCAUCUAUAGAAGAGUACAGCAUCUUUAUGCAAACUAGUGGAGUCAUUAUCAAGUCUUUUUGGUUAUCCUGGUGUUCUGAUUGAACUCCUGAACGUUAAAGAAAGUGGGUAAUAAGCAGCGUUUAGUGUUCAGACUGCAGCCUCCUGUGAAAUGCUGCUUGAGUUUGAUUCCCAAAGAUCCAGAGGUGCUGUUCUUACCAAGUCACCUUCCUGACAGGCAGCACUUGUCUCUGUUUUGAGAUGUUAGCUGGCAGCUUACACACCUGUACCUCCAGGUAGCUUGGGAUCUCUUCUGCUCUUAAGUUUGCAUCCCCUCUUUUUUCCUUCAGAGCAUCGAGUCACGUUUUUCCAGCUUCAUGAAGGUGUCAAGAAUCACUCAUUAUUUAGUUUGGUUGUAUUUUGUCUCCUUGAAGCCUGCAGACCACAACAGCAGAUCAGUUUACUGCAGGUAGAUAAGCAUGUCGGCAUUCCAUCAGUAAUUGUUGCAGAAAACUGUAGCCUACCUUGAGUGCAGGUUCUCUGGGCCAGUUUCAUGUUGACAACCCUGAGCUGUCCGACAUCCAUUGUUUUUUUCCGUUGGGGGUUGCGGGGGAGCUGGAGCCUAUCCCAGCAUCUUCGAGCAAAGGCAGGGGACACCCUGGACAAGUCACCAGUUCAUCGCGGGGCUGACAUAUAGAGACAAACAAGCAUCCACACCCACAUUCACACCUACGGACAAUUUGAAAGUGGCCAAUUAACCAAAUCCCACUUGAACAGUUUUUUGGGAUGUGGGAGUAAACACAUGCAGACACAGGGAGAAGAUGCAAACUCCACACAGAAACGCCCUGACCCAGAUUCAAACCCAGGACCUUCUUGCUGUGAGGCGACAGUGUUAACCACCACACCACUGUGCCGCUCUGUCCGACACCUAUUGUGGUUAAAACACUUACUACUGACAUGUAACUCAUGAAUCCUCACUUCAAAAACUCUGAAAAAUCCCUGUAUCUCUCAGCACAGGAAAAUUAAGUAAACUAAAUGCACUGACAGACUUUUCAUUCACAUUCACUUUCUUUCACUGCUGGAAAAACUGUACACUUGUAAUCUUUGUGCACUUAUCGAGGAAUAAAAACAACUCCACUGAUAUCAGGCCGUCAUAACUUUUUUAAAUCAGGUGUUUUUGGACAGCUCCAAAAACACCUGCCUCUCUGCAGGGACAGUCACACAUACAACCUAUCCUCAGAUUGGGUUAUCUGACCUCUGACCUUUUUUUCUUCUUUUCAGAGAAAUCUCCUGGAGGAGGACUCUGAUGAAGAGGAAGAUUUCUUCCUGUGAGUUUCUACAAAGAUAUAUUCUCCUUAAAUAUUUAAUAGCAAUAAAUCAACUGUGCUUAAAGUGAAGUAUACAGCAUCCAAUAGUCCCCCAUUAUCAAGACCCGGAGUAAUAGUUCCAUGGAACAUACGUAGCAUUAGUAUUAUAAACAGUCAGAGCAGGUUGUUAAAGUCAGCUCUUAAGUGUUUACUCUGUCUGUUUUCCAGGAGGGGGCCCACAGGACCAAGAUUUGGACCUCAGAACGACAAACUGAAGCAGUGAGUAUAAACAUGUUCUUGGUUUAAACCCCCAGCUUGAGAUGAGAGGAGUUUUGGCAGAGCUCUGCGUUUUGGUGCUGCUAUUAUGUAACUCUCCAUGUUUACCAGAAAGUGCUAGUUGUUAGUGGAUUGUGUAAGAGAAGCGUUCAUGUGCAGGUUAUUGUGUAACCACACCAGAAUGGCGCGGCACCUCUGUGGUGGUCCGUCUGCACGGUAACCUGCAGCCAGAGAGUGGGAGUGGUGUUUGUUAGUCUGCCAUCAUGACUCUGGACCUGAACCUGAGCCCCUUGAGCUCAGAUCCUGACUCUGUUUAUGCUCAUGUGUGGUCACAUGUAUUUCUUUCUGGUGGUGUGUUUAUCAUGCUUAUAUUAUCGCCUAAAGCAUGCAAUCAAGCCUGAGAUCAACACUGUGAUUUUUCUGCUGAAACAAUCAGUUUAGCACUGCUGGAAAAUCUGAGAACACACAUUCCUUUGUCUUGUUUCUCACUUAUGAGCUCACUGUUUGUUUUAUUCUCCUGCCAACGCCCCCUCCUGCCCACCCUGCAUCCUCACAGAGCUAUUUCAGAGAGAUAUUGAGAAAUCAGAGAGGCUGAUGGGUAAUCUGGACAUGCCAUGCAAUGCUCAGGUGUAUGCACUUUGAGUAAAAGCUCUGAGGAGAUCACAGUGGGACUGAAAGCGUCUAUACAUGCCGCUGGAUGAGGCUUGAUUUAGAUUCAAGAUGCUUUAAGACGCUUUGUGCAACAAAAAGCCACAAAAAAACAGAAAAGUUUGAAACAAAUCUUCCUUUGAUCUCACCUGAUUCAUGUUUGACUCUGCCCUGUGUCCCCAGUGUGCAGUCUCAGGUGGACGAGGUGAUCGAUGUGAUGCAGGAGAACAUCUCCAAGGUGAUCGAGAGAGGAGAGCGACUCGACGACCUGCAGGACAAGUCAGGUGAGUCACGCUGCGACAGCUUGUGUUAGUUUGUACGUCCACAUGUGCACAAUCUGUGUUUUUGUUUUCAGAGUGAAAUAAAGUUUACAGCUCUAUUUCUGGACUGUUGUUUAAUUUUGAGCGCACACAUGGAGAGAGUUCAAAUGUGCACUGGUGUCCAGGUUAUGAUUGGCGUUUUUGGAGUAUCCUGCUAAUUUUGUAUGCAUGUAAACAAAAUAGAAAUCCAGAUCAGGCUUGAAAAAACACAGACAUGCUAGUCAGGGCACUCCCAUAAAAACCAGAAAUCAUCGGCAUGCAGAAAUGUGAUCCAGGUUUCUGAACCUGUAGUAGUUGAUACAGAUCACAGUGACUGAGAUGAUGAGAAGUAAAGAUAAACAUGGCCACAGUAUCCUGGAUCAAAGUCAUGAUCAUAUAAACAGAGAAAUGUAUGACUUAUUUUUAAUGUUUUAUUCAAUCAAAACCAGAUCAAAACACAGACACUAACAAGCAGGUCAAAGCGCUCGUGGUUUGCACGUGAAUUCCUCCUCUGGUUCUGGGAUCAUUCAGCCAUGUGCAGAAGCCAGCAGGAACAUUUCUGCAGUGUGCAUUAAAGAAGACUAAGCAUGCAUUAAAGUUAAUUUAAUUUUAUUACAAGAAAAUCCUUUUUUAAAGAGAGAAGGGUUGCUCUGUGAAAAACAUCUGCAGACUGGGAUUCCUGCACACACAGAGCAGUUAAAGCUCUGUGCCGAGGUGAUGGAGCCUCCCUGUAAACAUGUUCACCAAACUCUAAAGCUUUAAUGUCAUCUCCAGCUUUAGUGUUUUAACAGGUGUGAGUCUAAAAGUGGACUCGCUCAUCACACGCCUGAUGUGUGAAACAUUUUUUACAACUGGCUGCCAUCAACAGACCCUCAUUCUCCUCCUCUUUUCUUUUUUUGUCUUCUUCUUCCACCACUUAUUUAUCAUUUAUUUUAUUAAUCUUUAUUAAACAGUUUAAUCCUUCUAUCCAGAGGUCUACCUACCCAUCUACCUACUUACCUAGCUACCUGUCACAAAAAAGUAUGUGUUUAUGAUAGUUAGUAGUUGAAAUGGACAGCAGGAAGUUACUCAGGGGUCAGUGACAUUCAUAAUCUAUCAAAUCUCUCCUUCUUCUCUGUCUUUUUUUCUCUUCUUUUCUCUGUCUUAAACUCUCCCUCCUUAUUUUUCUUUGUCUUCUCCUCAUCUUAUCAGUCUUGAUCUUCCUCUCCUGUUUUUUAAGCUUCUCCCCCUCUUCUCCUCAUCUUUUUCCCUCUUUCUUAAUUUUCUUAUUUUUUUGUUUUCAUCUUCUUUCCAUCUUCUUCUCUGUCUUCAAGGUUCUUCCUUUCCUUUUAGGUCUUUGCCUUUACUGUUUCUCUCCUCAUCUGCUGUUUUUCUGUCCUCCUAAAUCUCUGUUUUCCUCUGUCUUCUUUUUUCAUCCCUUCAUUUUCUCUCUUUAGCCUCUUCUCUGGCUUCACCUUUUGUUUUUCUUUGUCUUUAUCUUCUUGCCUUCUUUCUCUCUGCUUAUCUUCUCACAUCUUUUGUCUUAAUUUUCUUCUUGUAUUUUAUUUCUUCAUCAUUUUCUUCUCUCUUACGUCUUAGGAGACGCCCUGUCUGCUUCUUUUUCUUUGUUUUUAUCCAUCUCUCUUCUCUUUUUUGUCUGUCUCCUGUUUCCUUUAUUUCAUCAUGUUCUUCUCUUCUCCCUCUGUGCUCAUCUUCUUUUUAUCUUUUUCUGUCUUCAUCUUCUUUCCUUUCCUCCUUCAUCUGACUCUUCUUUUCUGUCCUCUGUUUUUUGUCUCUCUCUCUCGAUUAUUCUCUUUGACUACAUCUCUUUUUUCUUUUCUGCUGUUAUCUUCCCCUCUUUUUCUUUUUUUAUUUGUAUUUCACUUUUUUUCUUUUCUUCAUAUAUUUCUUUAAUCUUUUUUUCCCCCUUUGUCUUUAUUUAGGUCCAUUCUUCCUUUAAUGUUUUAAUGUCUGUAUUAUUCUGGUUUUCACAUUUUUUGGUCUAUGUCGUCUUCUUUGUCCUCACUUUCUUUUCUUUUCUUUUCUUUUCUUUUCUUUCUUAUUGUUCAUAAUACUGAAGUUCCUCUCUGGGGAUCAGUCAAGUAUUAUCUUAUUUGAUAUAGAUUUUCCUCAUCAACUGUGUCUUAUUUCUGUCUUUAUACUUUUCAUAGGCUUCAUCAUCCUCUUUGCCUUCUUUGUUUACUUCUUACCCUUCUUUUUCUUCUACUUCCUUCUCUCCCUUUCCUCUCUUUUCUCUUUCCUCCUUUCUUCUUCUUCUCUUCCUGAUGUUUAAUCACUGAACAGAUGACUCUGUCGUUUCUCUCAGCCCUCCUCAGACAGAUGUUGUGUAACUUUGUCUUUCCAUCAUGUUAAGCAGCCAAAUGAGACAAAGACACAUCUGGACCACAUCUGUCUCCCUGUGUGUGAGAGAGUCUAUUGUAAGCUGAUGUUUGUGGACCUGGUGUGUGUGUGCGUGCGUGUUGUUCCUAAUAGCUGCCUCCAUGUUGGUGUUUUACCACCCUGUGAUUGACAGGUGCAGCGUGCAGGUGACCUGUAGUUAAAUUCCUGCAGGUUAACAAGCGUUUUUCUCAGAAGCUUCAUGUGAGUGUUCGUCUUUUGAACAGCAGGUUGAUGGACACACAGGCCAGCAAACAGUCUAUGCGAACACACCCACACACACACAACACAGAAUAAAAUAGCGCCAAGAAGGGACGAGGAAAAGAACAUCCCUGCACGCGAGGGAGUCAAUCCCUUCCCAUGAACAUGCACAAACAUCAUGCUAACGACUAUAACCAACAAACAGAGAGAGGGCGAGUGGCGUGGGUGAUGAUGGCGUCAGCCUCCCAACAUUUAGAAAACCUGUUUGUACUCUGCUGCGGAUAAACUGUUUAUAGCAUGACGUCUUCAUAUGAUAAUCUUUUCUUAAUUUUUCAGCUCAUUGAGGACUUAUAUAAGAAUGACACCUCAGAGCCACACACACACACACACACACACACACACACACACACACACACACACACACACACACACACACACACACACACACAGCUCAGUCUGUGUAUGUGUUGUUUUUGGCAUUGAAAAAACACUCAGUCACACACACUGACAUUUACAAACAUCCUCGUCCUCCAUCCUGGCAUCAGAUAUUCAGAGACAUAAAUAAACAGUUAAUAUAAAACACUUGCGUAAAUAAAAAGUGACUCUAGAAAAUAAAUAUUACUGGAUUUUUGAGCCAGAUUUUACAAUGUCAAAGUGACCUCAGUGUGAGGGUUGUUGUGGGAUUGUUUUGAGUUCAUGCAAUAAGACAGGAAUGUGCAAAAAGCCUCAGAAGGCUGCUCUCAAGAACUUAUUUAAACAUGUAGCACUUUUUUAGUCAUAAGCCACUGAUAAGCCAGUGUGGUGUUGUGUUGUUUAGCCCUGUUACAUGUGAUCAAUCAAUCAAUCAAUCAAUCAAUCAAUCAAUCAAAUUUUUUGUAUAAACGGCCAAUUCACAACAGUCGUUAUCCCAGGAUGCUUUCCAAAAAAAGAGCAGGUCUAGACCACGCUCAUUGUUUGAUGGAUUACCAAGACCCAACCUUUAGAUGGGACAGAUUUGACCUAUCUCAUCUAACAUGAGUGACAGUGGCAAAGAAAGACUUCCUUUUAACAGGCAGAAACCUUGAGCAAGACCAGACUCGUGCUAGACAGCCACUAAGCCGCUGCUGAGUUGGGGAGAAACACAGAGAGAGAUAGGGAGAGAGAGAGAGAACAAGGGAGAAAGAAGGAGAAAGAGAAUGAGUAAGGGAGAGGGAGGGAGGGAGGGAGGAAAGAGAAUGAGGGUGAGAGAGAGAGAGACAGGGGACAGCAGCAAUACUGAAACAACAACAACAACAGUUCAUACAGAGUUGUGGUUGCAGAGCAAGUAAUGAUGAAACAAAAUGAAUUCAGUUUACAGGAUUAGGAUAUAGUAAUUAUGGACACUGUUAAAUUAAUUUAAUGUGAUUACAGUCAGCAGGACUAACAGUUGUUAACUCUAGUUUUAUGUUAUUAAUGUUGGUGAGGCUGAUGUUCAUGUCUGCAGUAACAGUCCAGAGGAACCUAAGAGGAGAAGGAGCUCAGGACCUGAGGUGGACAAUCAUAGACGAUGCGGCUGGAGUCAAGCAGGUCCACAGCAGCCAACUGCCUGUAGCAUCAGUCAAGAGGAACAUGUGAUGCAGAGAGUGUUGAGAAAACUUAAAUUAUUAAAAUCACAGCAUCCUCUGCAAAAGUCUUAUCACAAUCAUUUUGAUUGAUGUUGUUAUCUUUGGUUAUUAAAAAGUGCAUCACACACAUUUAUCAACCUAAAACCUCUUAAGAGCUAAAAAAAACCCCUCUGUAAUUCUUUGAAAAACUCAAUAAGUUUGAAAAACUGUGUCGCCUACCUUGUUUGUUUGUCCAACUAGAUGACAUAAAGAAGUCAAAUGUACUACAACUGAGAGGGAUUGUGCAUCAUUCUCACACUCGCCUCCUCCUGCUCCUCUCUCUGCUCUCCUCUCUCCCCCUGUAGCUGCCUGAUAGUUUGUUGCAUGGCCUGUUGUAUAAAUCUGCUUGUAUUUUCUCCAGGUGGAUUCAAAUCCUGUCUUGCAGAAAUUUCUUGAGAAAUUGUAUUUUUUUGCUGUUGUCAGGAGUUCGAGGUUCAUAUUGCUGAGGUUUUACAGCUGUCAGAUUCAGCUUUAUGUUAAAAAAUGCCGCUCCUCUCCUCCUCUUUUUUAACCUCGGUCUCUUCUGUGGUCCUGUGACUUCUCAGAGAGCCUAUCAGACAACGCUUCAGCCUUCAGCAGCCGAGCCAAACAGCUGCACAGGAGGAUGUGGUGGAGAGACAUGAAGGUGAGCUGUUAGUGUGUGUGUCUGCUUUGUCUUCGUAUGCAUCUAAAGUAUCUGAGUAUUUACUGUGUUUUUUUUUCUCUCCACAGAUGAAGAUCAUAAUCGCUCUGGUAGUUUUCGCUCUCCUGCUCAUCAUCAUCAGUGAGUUUAACAUCAACUUGAAUCCACUUUGAUGAUUAUAACCUGCAGAACUUUGAAUUUCUUUCUCUCCAUCUCUUUCAGUUCCAGUGAUUCUGCGAUACCGCUAGAGUCCAACCAGGAGGACAAGGAGAACCCUCCUCCUCCUUCUCCUCCUCCUCAUUAGUCUUUGCACACAGUCCCUCAUCCUGCCAGGGGGCGCCAGCCAACCUCCCAUUCCCCCACCAUGUCAGCCCCAGGACCCUGACGGUGAACUGGACCUCUCCUCAGUGCAGAUCUUUAUUAAUCUGCUCUACGAUCCGUACUGAGGCUUAGACUGUAGAAAGGGAUCAUGGGAAAUCUGGGGAAUCUUUAAUGCAUUUUAAGAGAAAAGCUGCCUCUCAGUUCUGUAGAUAUCACACAGCAGAGCUCCACUCCAUCAGAUAACCACAUUUAGCCUCACGGGGACUCCUCACAUAGAUAGAAACUGUAAACUAGCUGAACCUGCUGCAGCAGACUCGUUUCAAGACGCUUUAACCUUCAGCAGACGAACCUCACAUGUCUACCCAUGAUUCCUUGUGUGCCGGCCUCAGAGUAGGAAUAUUUAAAGGGAAUUUAUCGCAACAUGAGGCGAGGGAACAUCUGAGGUUCAUCUGCUCGCUCACACCCUUUGAAUCCUCCACAGUCAGAUGAAUUGACGUGUCAGGUGUGAUUCCUGGUCAGCUCAGUGAAUAGAAAGAAGGUCCAUCUGUGCAGAAACAUCCCGUCCGCUCUCUGACUUGAUUCUCCUCCAUAAAUCUCUGCUCCUGAAUAUGAAUGUCUCCUCGCCCUCCUGCAGAGCCGUGGCGAGCUCUGGAGCCGUUUGGUCACGACGGUCGGUCCUGUUUUGGUUUGACUCUGUCUCUGAUUCUGCUUCUGUGUUUCUCCACUGUUGUUGUCUCUCUCUGCUCGCUGUGAUGCUCGUACAGACGCUGGUGUGUACUCUAAAGGGACCGUCUGUGUGUCUGCACUGUUACGUUUGAGGACACUGAGCUGUGGAACAAAAUCUAGGUGUCAUUAAUUUACUGUUUAAUACAUUUUAUUAUUUGAAUGUAAUUUAUUUUAGCUGUAAAUAAUCUGUCAGGAUGUAUGAUACUCUGGCAAUGCAUUGGAAGACUGUGAGAUCCUUUAUGCUCUGAAAUAAAGUGGUUUAAAAGAUUGA